UUAUUAUUUACUUCCCACUUACGAACUAUGGCAAAAAGUACAAAACAAGAUGAAAAGGGAAAGAACAGCCAUGAAAUGGGUUCUGCCAAACUUUUUGUGGCUGCAAUUGAUUUUGGGACGACCUAUUCUGGGUAUGCAUUUUCAGCACGAAAUUCUCCCGAAACCAUGUACACGUGCGAAUGGAGAAAUAAUAAUUUACUGUCCAGGAAAGCUCCGACGUCCGUUCUUAUUGACGAGGACAACCAGUUUGUAGCAUUUGGGUUUGAUGCAGAGAACAAAUUUAUGGGUAGUCUCGAGGAUGACUCGGAUUCGGAUUCGGAUUCAGAUGACAGUGACAAAAAGAAAAGCAAGGAAGUAUUUCGUUAUUUUAGCCGGUUUAAGAUGGAACUACACGAUAAGGCAGUAAACUUGAAAACUUUUAUCAAAGACCAAAAUGGUGAAGAAAUGAAGGCAAUAGAUAUUUUUGCUUUUGCAAUUAAAUAUUUAAAGGAUCAAGCAAUUGGAAAGCUAAUCACAAGUUUGAAAAAAGUGGAAACAAAAGAUAUCCACUAUGUUCUUACUGUCCCAGCUAUAUGGGAUGACAAGUCAAAAAUAUUCAUGCGGAAAGCAGCAGAACAGGCGGGGAUACAAAGCAAAGAUUUGAUAAUAGCUUUAGAACCAGAAGCAGCCUCCAUAUAUUGCCAGGAACUUAGAACUAAUAUUGAUAAAAAGACAGAUAAAACAUUUUCAGAAACAAUUAAAAAAGGAACAAAAUAUGUGGUGAUCGAUCUUGGCGGUGGUACUGCAGACAUAACCGUACAUGAACGUAAGUUUGAUGGUUCCCUGGAAGAGGUGCUCCCACCUAGUGGAGGAGACUGGGGUGGAACAGCUGUUGACAGAGCUUAUCUAGAAUUUGUCAACUCGGUAUUCACUAAGAAAGUUAUAAGCGAGCUUCAUUCAAAUCAACUUGAAGACUACACAAUUCUUUUUCAUGAGUUUGAAGUGAAAAAAAGAACAAUUACUACAGAAUAUAUUACUGAUAUUAUUAUUACAUUACCUGUAUCUUUAAUAGAAAUUACACGGAAACAUUGCACGUCAGUGCCCGAUGCCAUUCAGAAGUCUAUUUAUAAGGAAUCAGUUUCAUGCAAGGGACAGAAACUUUCUGUAAAACCGGAGGCAUUUCGGAAGCUAUUCAAGUCAACAAUAGAUUCAAUAAUAAAACAUGUUGAUAAACUGCUCAAACACCCAAACCUUUCCGACCUUCAUCAUAUUAUAAUGGUUGGUGGGUUUUCCGAAUGUGAGCUUGUCCAAACGGCAAUGAGACAGAAGUUUCCAAGUAAGAAAAUUAUUAUUCCUGACGAGGCUGGAUUGGCUGUCCUAAGAGGUGCUGUUUUAUUCGGACACCAACCAAAGAUUAUUGGAAAGCGAAUAUUGAGGAAAACUUACGGAAUACAAAGCUGGCCGGAAUGGGACGCUGAACUACAUCCGGAAACCAAAAAAGUGCGAAUUGAUGGAGUUGAUCGCUGCAAAGAUGUAUUUUAUAAAUUUGCUGUCAAAGGGGAAAAAGUAGAAGACGGUCAUUCCUCGGGACAAAUUUUUCAGGCGUUAAAAACCGACGAAAAGACUCUAGAGUGCACAGUAUACAUUUCAGAUGACACUAAUCCCCGAUAUGUCACUGAUCCUAGUUGUCAACGCCUCGGUAAUCUCAUAGUCCCAAUACCUCCCCUCAAAAAGGGGGAGACUCUUGAAAUUGAAGAAACAAUGUUUUUUGGUGGAACUGAACUAUUAUUCAGAGCAAAGAAUAUGCGAAGUGGUGAUAUUUGUGAAAUUCAAUUUGAAUUGAUUUAGUGAACUAUUAAAAAGUAAACAAUUGUUUACAAAACAAAAGCCAGUAGUCAUCUUUCACAAUUAAUAUUGUCACAAAUAUAACAAAAGCUAUCUUUAAAAAAGAUAUCCGACGUAGUUACCAAUUGUUUUGUGAAUAUUCCAAUUAUAUUUAAAUAAGUGAUUUACCA